AUGCUUGUGAACUCCUGUUUCACAUUAAGCGUUUCCACCUGACUCAACACCACAGGAGUCGGGCUUUGGUUCAGCUCGCACACGGCUAAUCUAAAUACUGCGGGAGCCAAAAGAAAACAAAACAACAACCCUGCAGCUCUGACUUCAGGUCAGAUUUACAGCUUCAGCCAAAGUCCUGCUUCGGACCAGAGAAGUUUCCAGGUUUGGCAGUCAGGAUGCCCGAGAGCUUUGACUAUGAGAAGAACGAGAAGCGCUACUGCAUUCGAGGUAAGCAUGCAGCCAUCAUCUGUGUGACGGCGGUGGUUUGCUCCCUGGCUGUGGGUUUGGGGGUGGGCCUCAGUAGGUCCACCUCAUCCACAGCAAAACCUACAGCAGAACCCACAGCAGAACCUACACAGCCCCCUCCACCUGGCAGAGGGCCCUGCCAGCCUUCAUCUGACUCCACUGGGGACUGGAAGAAUUUCCGUCUGCCUGAUUAUGUAAAACCGGUCCACUAUGACCUGCACCUGGAGCCGGACAUGGUCGAUGACACCUACACGGGUACUGUGGACAUCCAUGUGGAGGUCAGUAAAUCCACCCGCCACCUGUGGCUGCACAUCAGGGAGACGUUCGUCAGCACCAUGCCCAAGCUGAAGGUCCUGGACAGUCAGGGGAAGCAGAGGGAGGUGGAGGUGAAGCACUGCUUUGAAUACAAACCUGAGCAGUAUGUGGUGGUGGAGGCCGCGGAGGAGCUGCCCAUCUCUGGACCCGGAGAGGUUUAUGUCCUCAGUCUGGACUUCCAGGGCUGGCUCAACGGCUCUGUGGUGGGAUUCUACAGGGUCAUCUACACAGAGGAGGGUGUCACCAAGAAGAUUGCUGCAACUGAUCAUGAGCCAACGGACGCCCGCAAGUCUUUCCCCUGCUUUGAUGAACCCAACAAGAAAGCCACCUAUACAAUUUCCAUCACUCAUGAUGAGCAAUAUGGUGCUCUGUCCAACAUGCCACCAGUGGGCUCUCCUGAAAAACUUCCUGGCGGUAAAAUGAAAACGUCCUUCCAGAAGUCCAUUCCCAUGAGUACCUACUUGGUUUGUUUCGCUGUGCACAAGUUUGGGUAUGUGCAGAAAACAUCUGCCAGUGGCAUUCCUCUGAGAAUCUACGCCCAGCCGAGUCAGUUGGCAACAGCGGAGUAUGCAGCGAACACAACCAAAAUCAUCUUUGACCACUUUGAGGAGUAUUUCGGCAUGCCCUACUCCAUCUCAAAGCUCGAUAAGAUUGCCAUCCCUGACUUUGGUACCGGUGCCAUGGAGAACUGGGGUCUGAUCACUUACAGGGAGACCAAUCUUCUGUAUGACAAGGACCAGUCGUCGUCCUCCAACAAGGAGCGGGUGGCCAGCGUCAUCGCCCACGAACUGGUCCACCAGUGGUUUGGAAACAUCGUCACCAUGGACUGGUGGGACGACCUCUGGCUCAACGAGGGUUUUGCCAGUUUCUUUGAGUACAUCGGAGUGGAGGAGGCCGAACCUUCCUGGGAAAUGAGAGACAUCAUGAUCGUCAGUGACGUGCUUCCCGUCAUGGUGAACGACGCCCUCCUUUCAUCUCAUCCGAUCAUCGUGAACGUGUCGAGUCCGGCAGAAAUCACCUCUGUGUUCGACGCCAUCUCCUACAGCAAGGGAGCAUCUGUUCUCAGGAUGCUGGAGGACUGGAUGGGCAGAGAUGUGUUCAGAGACGGCUGCAGAAAAUAUUUACAAGACUACCACUUCAAGAAUGCCAAAACGGCCAACUUCUGGGCCUCUCUCGCAGAAGUGAGUGGGUUGCCCAUUGCAGAGGUUAUGGACACCUGGACCAAGCAGAUGGGUUAUCCUGUCGUGGAUCUGAUCGCCUCAGGAACCGAAGCCAAACUGACCCAGAGGCGUUUUCUCCUGGACCCCUUAGCUGACGCCAGCAAGCCUCCUUCACCUUUUCGAUACAAGUGGACAAUUCCAGUCAAAUGGCAUUCUGUGCAGAGUGACAAGAACAUGGUGACGAUGUUUGACAAAGACAGUGCAGAGCACGUCAUCGGGAACUACUCGUCAGCAGAAGACGGACUGCUGAAGAUCAAUAAUGACCAUAUUGGCUUCUACAGAGUCAAUCAUGAAGACCACAUGUGGACUGACAUCAGUCAGCAGCUUCAGACUAACCACUCGGAGUUCGACGCAGCUGAUCGAACAAGCUACAUCGAUGAUGUGUUUGCUCUUGCUAGGGCUGAUGUUGUGGAUUAUGGUAAUGCCUUUAAUCUCACCAUGUAUCUUCAAAAUGAGUCCGACUACAUCGUGUGGAGUCGAGUGGCCGCUUCUAUCGCCUACGUCCGGGACAUGCUGUCCAACGACGACGACCUUUACCUGCUGUUUCAGAAACUGUUUCGUCAACACGUCAAACCGAUUUCUACUCGACUUGGGUGGAAGGAUGAAGGAACGCAAACCGAAAGGUUGCUGAGGGAAACUGUGCUCACCAUCUCAUGUCAGAUGAAUGACCAGGACUCUCUGAAUCAAGCCUCUCAUAUUUUUGACCAGUGGAUCGACGGGACUCUAAGCGUUCCUGUGAACCUCAGGCUGCUCGUGUAUCGCUACGGCAUGAGGAACUCGGGCUCUGAGGAAAAGUGGAAUAUCAUGUUUCAGAGGUACAAAGACUCGACUCUGGCUCAGGAGAAGGACAAGCUGCUGUACGGGCUGGCUUCUGUGGAGGACGUCAAUCUUCUUUAUAAGCUCCUGGAGGCGACUAAAGAUGAGAACGUGGUGAGGAGUCAGGAUGUGUUCACCGUGGUGCGCUACGUGUCGUACAACUCGCUGGGUCAGACCAUGGCCUGGGACUGGACCACUUUAAACUGGGACUACCUGGUCAACAGAUACACCAUCAACGACAGAAACCUCGGCCGCUUGCCCAAUCAAAUCACAACCACCUACAACACCGAGCUCCAGCUCUGGAAGAUGGAGCAUUUCUUCCAGCUGACGCCGGACGCCGGUGCCGGAGAGAUGCCGAGGCAGCAGGCGCUGGAGACUGUGAGGAACAACAUGGAGUGGCUGAAGAGGAACAGGGAUGAGAUCGGAACCUGGCUGAAGAACAACGUGAAGUGAAACGGAACAAAGAUCCUCUGCUUCCUGCAGGAAACAAGAUGAUUUUUCAAAUUUUACUCUCAGGAUGAUGCAGUUUUUACUACAAAAUACAUGAAAACUAACUAACGUAAAAUUUUGAAUUAAAGUAUUGACAUUUUCAUAAACCUCCAUGAAAACUGAAACUGUUGCUUCUAAAGCACCUUGGAUGCAUCAUGCCUUCUGAAUAAUUCAGAGAAUUUGACUAUAAUCCCACCUUGUUUCAGAGCAUGUUGUCAGCGUUCAUCCUUCUGAAAGCCAAAGACGUCAAGCUGAAUGAACUUUUUAAAUUUUUUAUUUACAUUACUUUAUUUAUCUCAUUCUGAGCCAUCAGCUAUGAUUAAGGGGGACAGUUUUACUACUUUAAAGAACAAUUUAACAGAUGUUUUAAUCCUCCAGAUUACAAACACUGGGAACUCUAAAAACAUGAAAAUAAAAACAGCAAUUCCUACAA